AUGCAACUGUUGCAGCAGAUGCAACUGAAGCACAAAGGAACACGCAUUAGAGAGAUGAGGAAGAAAGAUCAGAAAGCUUUAUUCUACAUCCACCAGUGUGUGGAUAUGAAUGGGUUUAAGAAGAUCCCUGACUCGACGACCGUGAAGGUUACGUGGGACACACUAGUACAAUGCUAUGGAGAUGAUGCAUCGGUGAAGAAGGUGAAACUUCAGUCUUUACGUAAGAAGUAUGAGAAUAUUAAUAUGAAGAACAAACAGAAGGUGCCUGAUUACAUCUCUAGAGUGAUUCUGAUCACAAAUGGGAUGAAAUCUUACGGAGAGACUAUCUCUGAACAAGUAAUCAUUGAGAAGCUUUUCACAUUUUCUGAGAAAUCUUCUUCAGUUUUUUCAGCAAUGGCGCCUCAAAAACCCUCAAGCAGUAAACACUCCAAGAAGAGACAAGACUCAUCUUUUCCUCCUGUGCAUGAUUUGAAAGGGCCAAUGACCAUUGGAAAUCAACAGUAUGUUCCGGAACCUCCAAACGAAAAGGAAAAAGACUGCAUCUAUAAAUCUCAGGCAAGUCGAAAACCCUCAACAAUCCAAAAGAAGAAGAGUGAAGAGGAGAGACAAGAGGAUAAAGUCCCUAGUGAAGAGUCUGGUGAUGAAUCUCCAGAGUUAAUCCCUCCCCCUCAGAAGAAAAAGAAACUCACGAAGGUCUCUUCCCAAAGGUCCAUUGCUAACCCAAUCAGGAAGGAUCCUGCCAGUGCUUCUCCUGCCAAGCCUCAGUCGAAAGAUAUGGGGAGUGGGAAGUCCAGUUUUAAUACUGAAAUUCCUGAGGAACAAGUGGUUGUCGCAAAAACGCCUGAGAAAAUUUUGGAGGAAACAGCCCCAGAGGAAGAUGUCCCCCCAAGUGACCAUGAUAUGCAAACCGUAGAAGAAUUCGACACUACAGUGGGUGACGCCUCUGAAGAUGAAUCUCCUCCUCAUCCAGGAUUGCACGUUGCACCUCAGGGUGAUGAUAUUGAAAUGGAGGUUGUGGUCGAAGAUGACCCUGAAGAUGGAGCUUCCAGAGACGGGGACAACCAGUCGAAACGAACAGAGGUCGAGCAUACUUCGACGCGAAACACUCCACCUACUCCUGACCGGGUCCAAGGGAGUAGCAAAUCAACUGACUCUGAAAAAGAAUAUGACUCUGAAGGAGAUUCUGGCUCUGAAGAUGAAUCAGAGUCUGAUGGUGACUUUGAUGCUAAAGAAGAGUCUGAAGGUGAAUCCAACUCUGAAGGUAACUUUGAUUUUAAUCCAGAUUUUGAUGAUGAUCCAGACUCUGGUGGUAAUCAUGCCUCUGAAGGUGGACAAAACUCUAAAGUUAGUCCAGCAUCUGAUAUUGUUCCAGCAUCUAAAGAAUAUUUUGAACAAGUUCAUAGACCACAAAGAAACAGACAAAUACCAAGAAGAUUUGCAGAGUUUGACAUUUUGCAAGAUUCUGAAAUAGACUCUAAAUGA